GGGUCGUGUGCAGCAAACAGGGCGGCUGCGGGGCGGCGGUGGACGGACGGCGGCGGUAGAGGGUGGAUGGUGAGACGCGGCGGAGGUGCACGGUGUGCGGGUGGUGCCGCUACAGUGGAUAACGCGGAGGCUGUGAGAGUGCCAGUGUGUCUGUGUGCGUGACAGGAACCUAACCGGACCGGCGAGAGGCACAACCCGCGAAUGGAACAUGAGGGGCCGUCGGUCUGACUCGACAGAAGCCUGGGAGCUCGGCGCAAUGCGUCGCAAGUACUCCUCGGGUCCGGCCAGCCAGGCGGGCUCGGCACACCACCUGGCGCCGGGCCGACCGACCUCGGACGAGCUGCACGCCUGGUCCAUCUACCGGCAGAACCUGAACUCGGAGUUCACCGACUCGGCACUGGGCAGCAGCGACAAGUCGCCACUGCCGUACGGCAACUUCCAGCUGCGCGAGACCACCGUACACUCGAUCCUGCAGCACCCCAAGUACGGCCCCAAGUCGGAGCUGGGCGCCAACAUGUACACCUACCUCAAGUACGGGCUGCCGCGCGUGUUUCCGCCGUCCCGGCCCGAUGGCAGCUCGGGGUACGACUCGAGCGAUGACGGCGCCGGCGGCGGCGGCCGCUCCGAGCGCUACCGGCGCGCCAAGUCCAACCCAGACCUGCGCGGCGUGGGCGCGCCGCCGACACGCUCCUUUGGUGACUCGGUGUUCCGGGGUCGGCGGCCGCGCUCCAGCAGCGAGGCCAACCUGCUGGCCGCGGACGGCGGCGGGUACGGGCGCGCGGUGCGCUCCCCGGAGACGGCCCGCUCAGAGCUGGCCGCCCAGAGCGCGUACACGGCCCAGCUGGAGCGGCGCCGGCCGGCCAGCCAGCGCAGCCGCGCCGGCUCGCACGCCUCGCUCGGCUCGCGGCUGUCGCGCGGCGCGGCGCUCGGCACGGCCGGAUUCUCGCGCCGCGGAGACGCCGCCACCUACGGCAAGGAGCCGCCGAUGCUGAACGACAAGCUGUUCCCCAAGGACCAGGCGGCCGACACCAAGCACCCGCACCUGCAGGUGCGCGACCUGACCUGCGAGCGAUCCGAGCGCGGCGGCUGGCGGCGGCUCGUCGACGGCGUGACGUUCGAGGCGCGCGGAGGCGACCUGGUCGGCAUCAUGACCACGGCCGAGCGGGAGGGGACGGCGCUGCUGGACGCGCUGGCCGACUGCGGCACCCGGUGGUCCCUGCGUGUCACCGGAGACCUGCUGGUCAACGGCUGCCAGGUGGACCCGGGCCGGCUAGCGCGACGCGUCGCCUACGUCCAGGAAAACUGCGACUUCAGCCCAAACAUGUCCGUCCGACAGACCAUGCUGUUUCACGCCUUCCUGCAGGAGCCGGGCGAUGUAGGGCGCGGCUUCAACGUCAAACAAAAGAUAAACGCUUUGAUCGAGGAUCUCGGUCUGGGUCAGGUGAAGCACACCUCGGUCCGCGACCUCACAGUCUCAGAGCGGCGCCGACUCAACGUCGCCUGUCAUCUCAGUCUGGACACAGACCUUGUCCUCCUCGACCAGCCCACGCGCGAGAUGGAUAUCUUCGACACCUUCUUCCUGGUCGAGUACCUGCGCCAGUGGGCCGCCCGCGGCCGGAUCGUGAUGCUGACCCUGCAGCCGCCCACCUACGAGAUCUUCACCAUGCUGUCCAAGGUGAUGCUCAUCUCCGACCGGAAGGUUAUCUACAGCGGCAAGCGGCGCGAGAUGCUACCCUACUUCGCCUUCAUCGACUACCCGUGCCCGGCCUACAAGAACCCGUCCGACUACUACCUUGACCUGGUGACCCUGGAUGACCUGUCGCCGGAGGCCACCCUGGAGUCGUCCCAGCGAGUGACGGAGCUGGCGCAGACCUUCCAGCGGCGCCAGGAGCCGCUGGCCGACCCCGGGCCGCCCGGCCUGCUGCCGCCAAAGAUCCGGAGAGCAAACUGCUGCAUUCAGAUACUGGCACUCUGGAUUCGAGCCAUGGUGUACACAUUUCCGUAUAAUCUCAUCCGAUGGGCGUCAUCGAUGACGCUCGCCUGCCUCAUGUCCGUCAUCGUGGGCACCGUCUUCUAUGACAUCAGGGGCGACAACAAGGACCAGGAGAACGUGCCGGACCGUCUGGGCUUCCACUACACGGUGAUGGCGCUGGCGCUGUGGCCGCUGCUGCUGCUCAGUGUCAGCGAGGUCUGGAAGGAGAAGGACGCCGUCAGCAGGGACGUGGCCGACCGGCUCUACUCGCGGCUCAGCCUCGUAGUCAGCAAGUUGUUCUACAGCUUUCCCGGCUCGGUGCUGCAGUGUCUGCUGCUUAUCGUGCCCGCCUACAAAAUGGCCGGCACACACCCAGAGGAGAGCGACAUGACAUUCUACCUCUACAUGGGGUACAUGCUGGCGUACCUGCUGAGCCUGCGGCUGCUGGCGGUGGCGGCCGCCUACCUGACCUCGUCCCGGCACCUGUCGGCCGGCUGGCUGGCCGCCGCGCUGGUGCCGCUGCUGCUGGUGGCCGGCUGGUCGGCCCACCCGCAGGACCUCUCGCCGUGGACGCGCUGGCUGCGCUGGGUGUCCGUGCCCGGCUGGGUGUUCGGCCGGCUCGUCUGGGACGAGCUGGACGGCGUGCGCGGCCUGCGCUGCGACCGCAACCCCAUCCUGCCGCAGAGCAACACCAUCAUCGUGCAGGUGGACUGCGGCGUGCAGACGGGCGCGCAGGCGCUGCGCUUCCUGGGCGUGGCGCCGGCCGAGCGGCUGCCACUGGCGCCGCUGCUGGCCGCCGCCGGCACGGCGCUGGUCGCCGCCCUGCUGGCCACCGCCGCCGCCCUCUGCUGCCGGCAGAGGCAGCGCAAGUCACGCGGAAAGAACAUCAAACACUCGUAGGGAGGGAGGGGCGAGCGGGACGCCAAAUGAACUGUGUGGUGGGGAACCAGGCCAAUGUUAGACAUCGAAUGUGUUCGGGGCGCACAGAUAGGCCCCGUUUUUACCGCAUUUAUAACGGAGCAGCCAAAGUUCGGGCCGGUGUGAGUAGUGUUGUAUUGACGCCUCGGUUGGGUUCCACCAGAUGUGGGGCGAUUUCUUAUGUUUGACGAGGGCGGAUGACUGAUCGCUCUGGGAGCAACAUGGUGUUUUCUAUAGCCUCGAGCGACCAGUGUAUGUAGGCGUAGAGAUCUUGUCAACUUUUUAUCAAGUGAAAAGACAGGUCAAUUGUUCCCUAAAUUAUUCGAAUUAUAACUGACAACUGAUGUAGUUUACCGACUUAUUUAGCUUGAUAAGGUGCGAUGAAAAUGCCAACCAAAUGUCUAUGUGGGAGUGCUGUAUGAAUGUCCUUUCUGACUGCCGAAUAUUGCGCGUGUAUGCGGAAACAUCUCGACAUUGCGAGUGUUUAUAUACGUGGAAGUGUGUUGUUUCCCUGCGUAUAAUGCUCGGUCUCAGCCGAACAGCCCAGUUCGCAGUGAAUCAUAGUGUGUAUUCGCCUCAACAGGCCGGGCCAGAAUAUACCACCAUGCCAA